AUGGACUCCGGGAAGGAAAAACUUGAUGUGGCCGAUAGCCAUGUUCCUUUCCUCACAUGGCGUUCAUUGUUACUUGGCGCAUUUGUGUCUGUUGGCGGCAUCAUAUUUGGCUAUGACACCGGCCAGAUUUCAGGAUUCCUCGAGAUGAAUGAUUUUAAGCGCAGAUUUGGUCAGUUGGGAGACGACGGAAGAUACACCUUCAGCAACGUGCGGUCCGGCCUCAUCGUUUCUCUGCUGUCCAUUGGCACUCUGCUAGGAGCUCUACUGGCCGGGCCACUGGCAGAUCGAGUCGGCCGUAAAUGGUCUAUUGCGUUCUGGUGCGUCAUUCUCCAAGUCGGUCUGAUCAUACAGAUAUCUUCUCCGGCGCCGAAAUGGUACCAAUUAAUGAUGGGACGUUUUGUCACCGGUUUCGGUGUUGGGGCAUGUUCUUUGUUGGUCCCGAUGUACCAAGGCGAGAGUGCUCCUCGACAGGUCCGCGGGGCAAUGAUUUGCUCAUAUCAAUUAUUUGUGACAAUGGGGAUCUUUGUGGCAUACUGCAUCAAUUUCGGCACCGAAUCAAUGGCCAACUCCGGCUCGUGGCGUAUCACUCUUGGGAUCACAUUCCUCUGGGGCUCAAUACUAGGGAUAGGAAUCGUGUUUUUCCCGGAAAGUCCGCGCUAUGAUUAUCGUCGUGGACGCAUCGACCAAGCGAAAAGUACCAUGUCAAAGCUCUACGGGGUGCCCCAAAAUCAUCGUGUGAUUUUGGAGGAGCUCAGCGAAAUCGAGGAUCAGCUCGAGGCGGAGAGUGCGUCUAAAGGGGGAUGGCAUGGCUGGGUCGAGAUGUUUCAAGGACCUCGUAUGCCGUACCGGAUCUUCCUCGGUAUCGUGCUACAAGCCUUACAGCAGCUGACCGGUGCUAAUUACUUCUUCUACUACGGCACUGUUGUGUUCAAUGGAGCCGGUAUCAGAAACACCUAUGUCACGCAGAUGAUCCUUGGCGGUGUCAAUUUCGGCACGACAUUCGGAGGUCUGUAUGUCAUCGAGCACUUCGGGCGCCGCAAGUCACUCAUCACUGGGGGCAUUUGGAUGUUCGUAUGUUUUAUGGUCUUCGCCUCUGUCGGACAUUUCUCCUUAAAUGUCCAUGACCCUCCUCAGACACCUGGUGCUGGAAAAGCAAUGGUGGUGUUCGCAUGUUUGUUUAUCACUGGGUUCGCCAUGACAUGGGGCCCUAUGGUGUGGGCGAUAGUCGCUGAGCUUUAUCCAUCGCGAUACCGCGCGAAGGCCAUGGCAUUGGCCACAGCUUCGAACUGGCUUUGGAACUUCCUCAUUGGCUUCUUCACUCCGUUUAUUACCGGCGAUAUUGACUUCGCGUACGGUUAUGUUUUCGCCGGAUGCCUAUUUGCUGGGGUCGUGAUCGUCUACUUCUGCGUGUUGGAAGGCAAGGGCAAAACUCUCGAGGAGAUGGACAUGAUGUACGUUAUGCAUGUCCCGGCAUGGAAAAGCAGCAAAUGGGUACCUCCACCCCCAGAGCACCGGAUUACUACGGCGCAAGCUCUGGACCGGAGGACAGCAGUGGGGAUUGACCGGGCCGAAAGCUCGGGCAAACAAGACGCUGAUAGUGACUGGGCUCACCACCAGCAUAUCGAUGAUGGUGGUAUUGGCCCAUCGUCAGCCUGA